CCGGCGAGCCUCCCGCCGCCCAGCGUCCCCCCCCCGCCGGCCGCGCCGGGAGCGCCCCCCGGCUUUGCCCUCCCCGCCGAGGCCCCCGCCGUCGCGCUCCGGCCCCAGACAGUACAAUGGUGGGCGAAGAGAAGACGUCUCUGAGAAAACGGCUAUCAAAGUCCAGGGAAAAUUCUGAGGAAAAGGAAGACCAGAGAAGCCCUUCAAAGGAGUCCCUAGAGACACCUAGCAAUGGAGCUGGCGCCAUUCCAGUGACCAGUACUGUGUGUUUGCCCUCAUGGAGUUCCACGUUAGGUAGGAUUGACAUAAAACAGUUGAUGGCAAAGAAGAUACAGUUGACAGCAGAGGCAGAGGAAUUGAAGCCAUUUUUUAUGAAGGAAGUUGGAAGUCACUUUGAUGAUUUUGUGACCAAUCUCAUUGAAAAAUCAACAUCAUUAGACAAUGGUGGGUGUGCUAUCACAAGCUUUUCUGUUCUUGAAGGGGAGAACAACCACAGAGCUAAAGAUUUGAGAGCACCUCCAGAACAUGGAAAGAUUUUUGUUGUGAGGCAAUCUCUGUUAGAUGAGCUGUUUGAGGUGGACCACAUCAGAACAAUAUAUCACAUGUUUAUUGCCCUCCUCAUUCUCUUUAUCCUCAGCACACUUGUAGUAGAUUACAUUGAUGAAGGAAGGCUGGUGCUUGAGUUCAAUCUCAUGUCUUAUGCUUUUGGCAAACUUCCAGUUGCUAUGUGGACAUGGUGGGCCAUGUUCUUGAGUACACUUGCAGUUCCAUAUUUCCUCUUUCAACGUUGGGCCAGAGGCUACAGCAAGAGUUCUCAUCCAGUGGUCCAUUCUCUAUUCCAUUGCUUCCUUUUCAUGGUCUUUCAGAUUGGAGUUCUAGGUUUGGGACCAACAUAUGUUGUCUUAGCAUAUACAUUACCACCAGCUUCCCGGUGCAUUGUUAUACUUGAACAGAUUCGUUUCAUAAUGAAGGCCCAUUCAUUUGUCAGAGAGAAUGUGCCUCGGGUACUAAAUUCAGCUAAGGAGAAAUCAAAGACUAUUCCAGUACCCACAGUCAAUCAGUACUUGUACUUCCUGUUUGCUCCGACCCUCAUCUACCGUGACAACUAUCCUAGGACUCCCAGUGUAAGAUGGGGUUAUGUUGCUAUGCAGUUUUUACAGGUUUUUGGUUGCUUUUUUUAUGUGUACUACAUCUUUGAAAGGCUCUGCGCCCCCUUGUUUCGGAAUAUCAAACAGGAGCCCUUCAGCGCUCGCGUUCUGGUCCUAUGUGUAUUUAACUCCAUCUUGCCAGGUGUGCUGAUGCUGUUCCUAAUGUUUUUUGCCUUUUUGCACUGCUGGCUCAAUGCCUUUGCUGAGAUGUUACGGUUUGGUGACAGGAUGUUUUAUAAGGAUUGGUGGAACUCUACGUCAUACUCUAAUUAUUACAGGACCUGGAACGUGGUGGUUCAUGACUGGCUGUAUUACUAUGCUUACAAGGACUUUCUCUGGUUUUUCACUAAGAGAUUCAAAUCGGCUGCCAUGUUAGCUGUCUUUGCUGUGUCUGCUGUAGUGCAUGAAUAUGCCCUAGCUGUUUGCUUGAACUUUUUCUAUCCAGUGCUUUUCGUGCUGUUCAUGUUCUUUGGAAUGGCUUUCAACUUCAUUGUCAAUGAUAGUCGGAAAAGGCCUAUUUGGAAUGUUAUGAUGUGGACUUCUCUUUUCGCUGGCCAUGGAGUCAUCCUGUGCUUUUAUUCCCAAGAGUGGUAUGCACGGCAACACUGUCCUCUAAAAAAUCCCACAUUUCUGGAUUAUAUCCGGCCACGUUCCUGGACUUGUCGUUAUGUGUUUUAGAAGCUUGGACUCUGAUUCAUUCCUUGACAUUGAAGAUGGCUACUCUUCGUGAUCUGGGGCCAGCAUCCGUUUCCAGCUGUUCCUGAAGUUAUCUGUGGUAUUUGGAUCACUCCACACUUAUGGAUGGCUCGCUCCACUCCUAGGUCAGCUGAGAUGUUGGGAGUUUACUGGAUCUUGUGCACUUAAAGCAGUAUUUUUUUUUUUUUUUUUUCAUUUUUGCCUUUUUGGGAGAAGGGAGACUUGUAGCUGACAUAAUGACAGUUUUGCUCGGUUUCUGUUUUUUGACUCCAUCUAAACAUCGAGACUAAACAUCAUGUUUCCUUAGCCACUGAAUUAGCCAAAACACUUAGGAAGAAAUCAUUCAAAUAUUUUGGGCUUUAGAAAUUUUUUUCAGGCACACUGUUGGAAUGUAUGCUAAUUAGCUGUGUACUUAGGGAAAGAAAUAAGGUGGAACGUUUUGCUAUUUCUAGUAGAGCAAAAACCUCUAGUUUCCAAAGAUAAUCUCGUUAUACAUUCUAAUUGUAUUUUUCUUUUGAGAAAAGUUCAGUUCUACUCAGUUUUUACCUUUUCUUUAUGAAGUAUAGGUCAUGGUUUCUGUGAAGCAGAAUUACAUCUUUCACCUUGAGUUUACAUCCAAAAUAUUACAUAUUGAGGGAACAGAAGUAGGAAGGGAAAAAGAAAGAAGUGGCACCAGACAAAAAAAAGACAGUUUCUUUUAUAACUUCCAAAGUAAUUUUUAAAAAAGAUUUGCUGAGUCAAUCAUGUGUUUAAAUUAUUUUAUCUUGGAACCUCUGUGGAAGGCAACAUUUUUAAAUUUAAACUUUAAUAACUUUUGGGAAGUUAUGCAGUACCCUUUCUUUGUUAAAUACUGACUUGCAAUAUUUUGCAGACUAGUAAGUCUGUAACAUAUAAGUAUUAGUCACCUCCAUUAAUAUUAAAGUGAUUUUUAAAGAUACAGAAGCUGGCUUCUGCACUGCUCUAUUAUUACACUUUCAAUGGUAGUAUACUUUAGAUGAAACGAAUUAAUCAUUUUCAAGAAAAUGUACUCUAUUAUGUGAUGUUUCCAUGUUAUAAGAUGCCCAUUUCUAAUACAGUGUGGUGUGCAGGAAUUAUUUUGUUUAUAUGUUUGAGGAAUGAUUAAUUGUUUGUAAAGACCGAGUAUUUGGAAUGGGAUAUGAAAGUGGCUGAAUCUUCCACUCAAAGAAAUGAGACUUAAAGAAUUACCCAAAAGAUGAUUUUUAUUUGGAGUAGCCAACUUGAGAAGCUGUGUUGGUAUUCUAAUAGCCUUACUGACUAUCCAAAAAGUUUUGGGACAUCUCUUUGGGAUUCUUUUAAAGUCAGUUUGAGUGUCACAAGAAGGUGAAUGGAGUUUUUAGUAUGAACAACUUAAUUUGGACAAGUACCCAGCCUCUUUACCUGUUUUAUUCCAGUACCUCUGAUCCAGAUGAGUUUAUGCAGUUUUCAGAUAUCUAAUCUAAUUUUAACAGACAAAUGUGUGUGUUAUCAGGACAUUUUUAAAAAAGUAGUGCACAUGUUCCCAAGCAGUAAUUGUAUGGUGGUGACAUAAUUGUGAUGGGGCCAUCACCUCCAAACAAGACUGCUUUAAUAAACCUUUUAAUCUCUGGGAUUUUUAUGAAAGAUUAAAAUGAGUCACUUGAAUUUAUAACUACAUUUUAAAUAUAAUGAGGGAGUUAAGAAAAUCAGAUUGGUCUAAAGCCUUGUGUAUGAGUAAGUCAUCAAAUGAAGGCAGAGAAUGGAACGCUUAGAUCUGUAUUUCUGUUGAAAUUCAGCUGUAAAUGUAACAUUCUCAUUGCUUAUUCACUUUGUUGCUCUGUACUGAUUCUGAAUAUUAUAUUUAUUGGAUUGAACGCUUUUUGUUUCCAGCUCUCAUCUUCCCUUUAUUAGUGAUUUUAUUUUUCUGUCCAAGACCUUGAGGUGACAACAAAAAACAUGUUUAAAACUAAAGGCUCUUUAGAACAGGUAAGACUGCCCUAAGAAAUUUUCACAAAACGCUUGGAGUAGUAGCUACUUUUGAGAAACUAGUUUGAUAGCCAUGGUCUUAACUGUUAGCUGCUCUUGGCAAAUGUCUGUUUAUUUGAACCACUACUUGCACUCCUAAAUAAAUUAAAACUUCUCAUGUGUUUCAGGAAGAUUUAUUGAUUUUUCCUCUUUUGCUAAUAGGGGUGAAAAUUAGUUACAGGAGGAUACUUUGUUCCUUUUGAAAAGGAAAGAGUUUAAAACUUCUUUCCUACAAGAACUAUUAGUGAUAGUACCUUUAUUGUGGGUAUUUUCUCUAGGACAACGGUUAAAUCUCAAAUUUUGUUAUAAAUCUGUUAGAUGCUUUCAUUCUCAGUCCUGGAUAGUGAAGGAAAAGGGAGUGGUCUGUUUGUUUUUGGUGGCUUAAUCUCCUGCAGUUGCCUAAGGGAAGUUGCUUGCUUUAUGUUAGAAUUAAUAAUUAGAAAAUUGAGGCUCCUUUUAACCUUUCAGUAACUACUUUUUGCUUUUGGAAGCAUGAGGAGUGCGGAAAAUGUUUUUUCCUUUCAGUUUGUAGGGUAAGAGUGAGGGACGUUGGCAGGUAAAGAAGGUACAUUGUGUAAAUAUUCUCUAAUUGCAAAUGCAGAUUAUGUUGUACAAGUCAUUCAUUUAGUGUAGGCAGUUUCCAAUGAAUUUUAAAAUUAUACUUGCCUGAAGAAUGGAAUCCUGAAAACCUAAAAGAACAUUAUGUAUAAGGUUGGUCAUGUGGGUUAUGCAGCCCCAAAAGGUAUACACUUUAUGAAUUGAGAUCUUUUAUGCAAAAAGAUAUGUUUGUUUUGUGUGAUCAUGAGUAAUUUUAAGUCCAGUUCAUUGUUUUGUAUGGGGAAAAAUAAUGAAGGUAAAGGAACAUAACUGUAGUAACCAGUGGCCUGAUGUACGAAGUUUCAGUUAUGAAACCAUUAAAAUUGUUACACUUAAUCCUAGCAUGCAAAACAGAUAAAAUAUAGCUGCCACUGGUUGAGACUGGGAUGCAGGGCUGGAGUCCUGUUGUUUGGGACACCCAUUGUCUCCUACCCCCAAAUAUCCAGUUAGAAAACCACUGGUGCAGCAAAAAGGAAUGUGAUGUUUGACAAAGAUAGCCCCAUCCUACUGGCAGUGUGACAGUGGGCACGGUUGCUUCAUUUAUCAGAGCCACAGUUUUCCUCAUCUGUAAAAUGGGGCAAGAGCUACCUCAUAGGGUUGUUGCAAAACACUAGCCCUGGCGGAAAACGGGCCUCAUUAUCUUCUUACCUUCCAUAAAUUCUAAACCUGAAUCCUCAUCAUCUCGUUGGAAUCUUUUAAAAAUGCGAAUGUUUUCAAAUGCUGCACAUUCCUGAGAAUAUGUGCUUUUAAAUAGACUCUGUAUGAUGUGAAUCCCCGUCCUACUUUGACGGAUACAAUAAGCACUCCCAUAAUGGAACUGACAAGAAUUUAACAAGAGUUUUAAAGGCACUCAUGUUUCCACCUCCAAAAUUAGUUUCUUCUUUAUCUGUUUAGCAUAAAGGUAAGCUGCUAAAAAGAAAAGCAUCUCUGCUUUCACCUAGGUAUUUUACUGUUAGAACUACUGUGUACCUUGUAGUUAAAUUUUAGAAUUUAUGGAGAGGAAAGAAACUAACGAAGUCUUACUUUUUGCCAGUGUAAAGAAUGCUUAUAAUCUUGGAAGGCAAAAUUCUUAAUGGAAGAUAGUUCAUUCUUUUGUUAAUAACGUGUAAUGGACUCGCUUACUAAUCUUGUGCAAAAUUUAUGUGACAUAUAUAUAGUUUAUAUAAUACAGUUUACAUAUACGUGCGUAUAUACUAUCAGAAAGAUCUGUCUUGGAUAUUGUUUUAUGUAUCUUAUCUCUAGGCUUUAUGUUUAUGGCUCAAAAAUUGAAACUGGGACAUAACGGUUUUGAGGAAUAAAGUGAGUAUUAUUAGUAAAGCUGAUAAACAUUUGAGUAUUCGAACAUCACUAAAAUUUCUAUCAGGUAAUAGAAUUUUGGAACCCAGUUUAUAAAGGAGGUAAAACACAACUUCAACUCUGGUUGAAACAGGAGAAUGGAGUCCUUCCUGCUUGGUCUGCCCAUGCUCUUUCUCAUCCUAAAUUUAAUGUCCUGUUUGUACAAUUUUACAGUUUUAUCAUUAUUGAUGUUCAAUCUAUAUAAUCUUCAAAGCCCUUAAUAAAGUUUUUUUUUUCUGUAAAGCAUAAAGACUUUUUAAUAGCUAAUUUGGAUUUGAGAAAAAGAAAGGGUUAAUCUCAGAAGUGAUACAGUUUAAAAACUAGAACUGCCUCUUCUGUAUUCCUUUUUCCUUUCUUCCUUAUUUCAACAUUAUAUUCACUAUUUCUGCUUCCCAUAUGCCCUUCCCAAGGGAGUGCUAACCUUUAAGCUAGCAGAUACUCCACUGUGUUUUUGGUGUUCGUUUGUUUUAAUGACAUGGUAGGUGUUCUUAUUGUUUUAAAUAACUGAGACAUGAGGCAGUUUGUGCAUGCAAGCAGUUAGGGAUAUAAUUUGAAUUCCCAUGUGCGCAUGUGCCAAUUCUUGGGUGAGAUGAGAGCUCCAACUCCAGCUCUACCAUUUGGGCCAGUGUGACAGCCUCCUUCCCAUGUUUACACUUAUCUAGCUUGCGCUUUAAAUCCAUCGUGUUCUGAACGCAGCUGAAAGUUCAUGGAGAUCUGAGGUUGUUUUAAAAGUUUUUCUAUAAUUAAAGAUGUUUUUUUCUAAGUCACUUGUGUCUGCUCUUUUCCUGAAUUCUACUCAGGAGUCUCCCCUGAACGCCCUGCCCUGUUUGUAUAAUCACUGGUACUCUCACUUUGUUCAGUAUGCAUUGUCUUAAGAUUAACUUAAAAAUCUACAUAGAAAAUGGCAAAAUAUUGCAUAUGUGAAGAAUGUGGUAAAUAAAUAUAUUUGGAAAGAA